CAUGCCAGCAUCAACCCUCUCCUGCAACACUCAACUUUCCGGGACUCAAGCGCUACCGAACCAACUUCUGCGGCAUCACGUACUUCCUCUUUAACUUUCGCCUCGUGUCUCCCAUCACAUUCACCGCCUUCCAUAACCAAUAAGCCAGUCCAUUACAGAAUGUCCUCGCUGGCCUCCUACAAGGGUCCCAAGCCCGUCGAGAAGCCCUCGGCGCACCACAAUGAUAUCGAAGAGGAUGAGGACGAUGUGUUGAUCUCUGCCGAUACCCUUCCAGAACAUGGAAACACUACUGGGCAUGCUGCUGCCGAGACUGAGGAUAUGGAUAUGGAGACCGCAGAGAAACCAAAGUUCACAGCCCUGAAGGCUAACCAGAUGGCUAGCAACUCAACGGUGCAGCAGCGUAAGAUCGCCAUCCCGCCUCACAGGAUGACACCCUUGAAGAACGAGUGGAUGAAGAUCUAUUCACCCUUGGUCGACCAUCUCAAACUUCAGGUCCGCAUGAACGUCAAGAGCAAGUCUGUUGAGAUCAGGACGUCAAAACAUACUGAUGAUACCGGUGCAUUGCAAAAGGGAGCUGACUUUAUUAGAGCGUUCGCGUUGGGCUUUGAUAUCGAUGAUGCUACUGCAUUGCUGAGAUUGGAUGACUUGUACUUGGACUCGUUCGAGAUCAAGGAUGUGAAGACAUUGCAUGGUGACCAUCUGUCCCGUGCGAUUGGUCGUAUUGCAGGAAAGGACGGAAAGACCAAAUUUACGAUUGAGAACGCCAGCAAGACCCGUAUCGUCCUCGCAGAAACUCGUAUCCAUAUUCUGGGAUCAUUCCAGAACAUCAAGACUGCGAGGGAUGCGAUCGUUGCUUUGAUUCUGGGUUCUCCACCAGGCAAGGUCUAUUCGACGUUGCGAACCAAGGCUGCUCGUAUGAAGGAACGUUUUUAAAAAAAAGAAAAGGAGUGGCAUUUUUAGAAGGCCCUCCCCUCCCCUCGUGCUCGUUUAUUUUUUGGCAUUUUUUCUUUUUCUCACUAUGUAGCAUGUAGCAUAUCAUAAAACCAAUACAUCUUUUUUUCAUUGAAAAUGAA